AUGAAGUUAGAUGAAACCAAGAGUUUAGAUCUUCAACCCCAGAAACAAGAAUCAGAGCCACCAAGCUUGCACAAUUCGUCUUCCCACAGAAGUAUUUCGUCGAACAGUUUGAGAGCAAACUCAAUCAAAGAAGUUGGGUUUGUCGAUUUGAGAUCAAAGGAAGUGCGGUAUGGAUCUCGAGGAGGUUCUACUAGCAUGUCGAUGUCCCAAAGAGAGAUCAGUGAUGAAGAUUCGAGGUUGGUUUAUAUAAAUGAUCCAUUAAAGACGAAUGAGAAGGUCGAAUUUUCUGGUAAUUCCAUUAGAACAAGCAAGUAUUCUGUUUUAACCUUCUUGCCCAGAAACCUUUUUGAGCAAUUCCACAGAGUUGCCUAUGUAUAUUUCCUUGUAAUCGCCAUUCUCAACCAGCUUCCCCAGCUUGCAGUUUUCGGUCGAUUUGCUUCCAUCUUGCCAUUAACUAUGGUAUUAUUAGUUACCGCCAUUAAAGAUGCUUAUGAAGACUGGAGGCGCCACCGCUCAGAUUGGAUCGAAAACAACCGAUUGUCAUCCGUUUUGGUAAACGGUAAUUACGAACAGAAGAAAUCGAAAGAUAUCCAAGUAGGCGAGAUCAUCAAAUUUUCUGCAAAUGAAACCAUUCCUUGCGAUAUCGUCCUGCUUUCGACCAGUGAUCCAACCGGUGUUGCUUACAUUCAGACCAUCAAUCUGGACGGCGAAUCUAAUCUGAAAACACGGUACGCCAAACAGGAGACUGUUUCAAGAAUCCACGAGAACGAAAAGAUUAAUGGGGUAAUCAAAUGCGAGAAGCCUAAUCGAAACAUAUAUGGUUUUCUGGCAUACAUGGAGAUCGAUCAGAAACGUGUAUCACUCGGCCCAUCGAACAUUGUUCUUCGCGGCUGUGUCCUCAAGAACACGAGUUGGGCAGUCGGAGUUGUGGUGUAUACCGGAAUGGAAACCAAGGUUAUGCUCAAUAACUCGGGUGCCCAAUCGAAAAGAAGCCUUCUCGAGGCCCGAAUGAACAGAGAAAUCAUCUUUUUAUCCCUUUUUCUAGUUGGUUUAUGCACAGUUGUCUCUAUUUGUGCUGGUGUUUGGCUGAGACGCCAUAGAGAUGAGCUUGAUAUCAUGCCAUUUUAUAGAAGAAAGGAUUAUUCUGGGGAAGAUGUAGAUAACUUCAAGUAUUACGGAUGGGGGAUGGAGAUAUUCUUCACGUUUCUUAUGUCGGUGAUCGUUUUCCAGAUUAUGAUACCGAUAGCAUUGUACAUUUCCAUGGAGCUCGUUCGUGUUGGUCAGGCUUACUUCAUGAUUCGAGAUGAUAAUAUGUACGAUGAAACGACGGAUUCCAGAUUCCAGUGUCGAGCUUUGAAUAUGAACGAAGAUUUGGGCCAAAUAAAGUACGUAUUUUCGGAUAAAACGGGUACAUUGACUGAAAACAAGAUGGAGUUUCAGUAUGCAAGCAUUGCUGGUGUAGAUUAUGGUGGGGAGAAGACAGAUUUUUAUGAAGAACAAGGGGGAUACUUUGCUCAAGUGGAUGGCCUGGUUUUGCGGCCGCUCAUGAAGGUACAGGUUGAUCGGGAGCUAGUUCGCUUAUCACGAUCUGGAAACGAUGCAGACACAAAAACCGGCAAACAGAUAUAUGAUUUCUUCCUUGCGUUGGCUGCUUGCAACACGAUCGUGCCAAUUGUGGUCGACACAUCCGAUCCUGUCGAGAAGUUGAUAGAUUACCAAGGGGAAUCCCCAGAUGAACAGGCGCUCGUUUAUGCUGCCGCUGCUUACGGUUUUAUGCUUAUUGAACGAACUUCUGGGCACAUAGUUAUUGAUAUUCAUGGAGACAGACAAAGGUUUAAUGUUCUUGGAAUGCAUGAGUUCGAUAGCGAACGGAAAAGGAUGUCGGUUAUAUUAGGUUUUCCGAAUAACACAGUAAAAGUAUUUGUUAAAGGUGCCGAUACGACCAUGUUCAAUGUUAUCGAUGAAGCAUUGAAUUUGGAUAUAGUUACCGCAACCAAAGCCCAUCUUCAUUCGUAUUCUUCUGUUGGUUUGAGGACGCUCGUUAUGGGUAUGCGGGAAUUGAGCUCCCAAGAAUUCGGGCAAUGGCGUUCGUCUUAUGAGGCUGCAACCAGUGCUUUAAUGGGUAGGGCGAGUUUGCUUCGAAAAGUUGCCAUCAAUUUGGAGAAGAAUUUAAGCAUAUUGGGAGCUUCCGGGAUCGAAGAUAAAUUGCAGCAAGGCGUACCAGAAGCAAUCGAGUCUCUAAGAACUGCAAACAUAAAAGUGUGGGUUUUAACUGGCGAUAAGCAAGAAACCGCGAUUUCAAUUGGAUACUCUUCGAAGCUCUUAACGGGCAAGAUGACCAAGAUUGUUAUAAACAACAACUCUAAAGAAUCUUGCCGAAAGAGCUUGGAAGAUGCAUUGAUUACGUCUAGUGCUCCGCGGACCGGUACUUCUAGGGACGAUGCGAAUUUGUUUGCGUUGAUCAUCGAUGGAACGAGCCUUGUAUAUAUCCUCGACUCUGAACUCGAAGAACAGCUAUUCGAGUUGGCCAGUAAAUGUGCUGUGGUGCUAUGUUGUCGAGUGGCUCCGUUGCAAAAAGCUGGGAUCGUCAUGCUGAUAAAGAAGCGAACGAAGGACCUGACCCUUGCCAUCGGGGAUGGUGCCAAUGAUGUUUCAAUGAUUCAAAAGGCUGAUGUUGGAAUUGGCAUCAGCGGCCAAGAGGGUCGUCAAGCUGUCAUGGCAUCGGAUUUUGCUAUGGCUCAGUUCCGGUUCCUGGUUCCUCUUUUGUUGGUCCACGGACACUGGAAUUACCAGCGGAUGGGCUACAUGAUACUCUACAAUUUCUACCGGAAUGCAGUGUUCGUUCUCGUGUUAUUCUGGUACGCGCUCUUUACCGCUUUCACUUUGUCCAGCGCCAUUAACGAAUGGAGCAGCGUGUUGUAUUCCAUAAUCUAUACGUCUGUACCCACGAUUGUUGUCGGCAUUCUCGACAAAGAUCUUGGUAGAGCGUCUUUAUUGAAGUAUCCUCAGCUAUAUGGAGCUGGUCAGCGACAAGAAAGCUACAACUCGAAACUGUUUUGGGUUACAAUUGCGGACACCUUAUGGCAGAGUAUAGUCGCCUUCUUUGUUCCCUUACUAGCAUACUGGAAAAGUGACAUCGAUGGUCCGAGCAUAGGUGAUCUUUGGACACUAGCCGUCGUGUUUCUGGUCAAUCUUCACUUAGCCAUGGAUGUGACCACAUGGACCUGGAUCAUUCACGCAUCGAUCUGGGGUUCCAUUGUUGCAACAAUUAUCUGUGUUAUCAUCAUUGACGCCAUCGUCAUUUUGCCCGGAUACUGGGCAAUCUUCCAUCUUGCGGGUGACGGAAUGUUCUGGAUUUGCUUGAUCGGGAUUGUGGUGGCUGCCCUCAUUCCUCGGUUUGUUGUGAAAACAUUGGUGCAACGUUACAAACCGAGUGACGUUCAAAUUGCGGGAGAGGCAGAGAAGUUUGGGGCUAUAAUGGAGUCAAGAAAUGCAGAAAUAGAAAUGAACCAACACCAGAGAUGACUUGAACAUUUUUCCUCGAUAUACGUUGAAACCUUCCUUCUGCUCAAUAGCUCUUUUUGGACAGUUAUCUAUCGGGGUUCCACAUAUUUUCACACAAUUGUGUUGUAAAUCAUUUUGGUGUUCAUAUUCUUUAGGUUGCUAGAGAAAUGCCCUCUUGCUUAGCCUCUAUUAAUGUGUAGCUUUCUUUGUGUCCUAAGGACAAAGCAUACAAGUUUUCAAGGUUUGUAUUCAUUUUGUUCAUUUUAUUUAUACAUGUCACUUCGACUUGCAUAUAUUGUAAUCAACAACAUAACAUGUCAUAUGGUACUUGUUUUA